ACUGAGCCAAAGGAAAGCUGAAGAAAGAAGAAAUGAAAAUAAAACGAAAGGCUAAUCCCUAAUCUUUCUUGCCUCUACCUAAUGACUGAUCCUCGGGAGGGGUCAUUCCGUGCAUGCCCACCUGUCAGCAGCAUCUGCUGAGGAGAAUUUAAAUGUUUUAGUGACGUCAAGGGACCGCUGGAACUUUGGCAAUCACCAAGUGGCUGCCGGGUCAUAUAAAAGGCCUGACCAGAGUAGCUAGGAGAGAGAAAGAAAGGGGAGGGGGGAGGAAAAAUAGAAGUGGGGAGAUAAGAUACCCAGUGGAGGUGUUUAUUUAAGUGGUGUCAGAUCUCUAGCACAUACCAGGAACGGGGCUUGUUGCAGCUGGCUUUUUUUGGGGAGUCACACAAAGCUGACGGAGACAGGCACAGUGAACAGGGGGGGCUGGAAAAGCUUAACGGUAGUCAUUUAUUUGAUCUCGUUCAGGGUGACAGAGGGACAAGUGGGGCUUCUUCUUUUUUUUGUACCAUUUUCUCUCCCGUGCCACUGUCCUGAGUGUGUCUGAGGUCAGCUAUGAGUAAACAGGCGACUCUGGCCACCUGUAUUGCCAGGAUGUAUGAAGGUGGCAAGUUGGAGAACUCCGGAACUCAACCCGGGACCAUUAAGAAGCCCAGUCCUACUUUGAUAGGUAGCCUGAGCAACGUGGAGGUCAAGUUGAAUGCCCUGGAGGGCAAGGUGGAACAGAUCGAACGUGUCCAGACAGAGGUGCUCCAGAAGCUGAGCUCAUUGUGUCAUGGGAUGGAAUCUUGGGAGAAGAGCCUUAUGCAAUGCAAGGCGAGCGCUCAAGAAUCAAAUCUCAUCAAAAAUGUCCAAAGGGAGGGCAACAAGGACCUUUUGCUUACUGAGGUCAGAUCACUGUGUGGAGAAACAGUGGAUCUGCUUCAUAAUCUCAAGCAGGAAAGCCAGCAGCAGAGAAAUAAGAUCGAAGGUAUGGAAAGUUCUUUGUCCAGUCUGGAUAAAGUACUGGGUUAUGUGCGGGAUACUUUCCGAAACUCAAAGAUAGUGGAGUUCAUCUUGAAUGGUGUGGUGCCUUGGAGAAGGCAGGGCCUUCUGGAUGCAUUGAAGGAAGAGAAAACCCAGCCAGAUGGCAUCAGCAUCAAGCAAGAUCUCUAUCAUCAAAGCACACAGACUUCAGAGGAGGUUAAAGAAGUACUUGCUGCUGAGCCAGAGGUCACUGUUCCCCCCGUGCCCAAGCUACCUUCUCCUGAUGCCCAUACGCCAAAUGAUCCUCGUCUCAGUGCAGAAGUGUCCAACAAAGCCUUACGUAAGGCCAAGGAGGUCACCGUGAAAAGCAGAGAGCCUACACGUGUCCAAACAUUUUCUCCUAAAGCUCAGCUCGAGGCUGGGAAGACCGAGGUGCACGAUGGACCUAAGCAGGAGACAAAUAGCUUGGCUGGAGUUCCAGCUAACAUAAAAAAACAUGCCACGGUGACAACCGCUAAGGUGGAAGAUGUCACUGAACCAAAGAGGGCUCUUGAACGGGCAGAUGUUUCCCAAGCUGGUGAACAGACUGCACUCCAGCCAACAGUUCCUAAACGACAACAACAAGCAAAGCUGAAGGUUGACAUUCCUCAAAAACAGGCAGAAGUUCAACAAGCUGGUGAGAAACAUUUGCUUAAGCCAGCUGUACUCGCACAGCAACAAGUGGAGUUGGAUGUUGACGUUCCUCAAAAACAAGCAGAUGUUCCACAAGCAGGUGAGACACCUUUACUAAAGCCAGCUGUACUCGCACAGCAACAAGUGGAGCCGGAUGUUGACGUUCCUCAAAAACAGGCAGAAGUUCCACAAGCUGGUGAGACACCUUUACUUAAGCCAGCUGUACUCGCACAGCAACAAGUGGAGCCAGAUGUUGACGUUCCUCAAAAACAGGCAGAAGUUCCACAAGCUGGUGAGACACCUUUGCUCAAGCCAGUAGUACUUGCACAGCAACAAGUGGAGCAGAAGCUUGAGGUUCCUCAAAAACAUUCUGUCGUCUCACGGAUUGGCAAGGAGCCCUUACUCAAGCGCGCAGUCUCAGAACGGAGACCUCAAGAACCCAAAGAGCCUGUCAAAAAGAAUGCCGGGCCUACAUCACAACCUAAAGAGACAGUAGAUAUACUACCACCAUUGACAGAACAUGAUGAGUGUACUGCAGACUCUGAACCAGCGGUUGACAGGAUUUUGGAGUCUGAUAUUGUAAAGGACUGUGCAGCUCCUAGUUUACAAACAGCGGAAAAUGCAAAAGCAGAGUCACACAUACUGAUAAUUGAUGACUGUCCACCUCUUCCAGCCCCGUUCGAACAUCGCAUUGUCAGUGCCAAGCAGGUACCCAUGAGUACAUAUUAUGAAGUCAGUCCCAGUGUGCUGCUGGGAGGGGGUCGUUUUGGACAGGUGCAUAAGUGUGCCGAGCUGUCGUCAGGUCUUAUGCUGGCUGCAAAAAUGAUUAAAGUUCGGGGUAUGAAAGAGAGAGAUGAAGUAAAGAAUGAGAUUGGAGUAAUGAACCAGUUAAACCAUGUGAAUCUGAUUCAGCUGUAUGAUGCUUUUGAAUGUCGGACUAAUCUCACUCUCAUCAUGGAAUAUGUGGAGGGUGGUGAAUUGUUUGAACGAAUCGUUGAUGAGAAUUACCAGCUUACAGAGCUGGAUGCCAUUGUGUUUACCAAGCAGAUUUGUGAAGGGGUACAGUACCUUCACCAGCAGUAUAUUCUACAUUUGGACCUUAAGCCAGAAAACAUUUUAUGUGUGAACACCACAGGGAAUCAGAUCAAGAUCAUUGACUUUGGGCUUGCCAGAAAAUAUAGGCCCAGAGAAAAACUGAAGGUCAACUUUGGAACACCAGAGUUCCUGGCACCAGAAGUUGUCAACUAUGACUUUGUGUCAUUUCCUACUGACAUGUGGAGUGUUGGUGUUAUCACGUACAUGCUUUUGAGUGGCCUUUCUCCGUUCCUCGGUGACAACGACGCUGAGACAAUGAACAACAUUUUGCAUGCCAACUGGGACUUUGACGCAGAGUCAUUUGAGAAUGUGUCAGAGGAAGCCAAAGACUUCAUUUCCAGACUUCUUGUUCCUGCCAAAUGUCGUCUCAGUGCAUCAGGGUGUACGAAGCAUAGCUGGUUGAAUAACCUGGAAGACAAGGCCAAGAUGUACAAAGUUCGCCUGAAGUCCAGAAUGAGGCUGAAGCGUUAUCUUGUAGCUCACCGUCAGUGGAAGAAACACUUCUUUGCAGUUGCAGCAGCUAACAGGUUAAAGAGCUUUCAGCAAAACAGAUCGGUCAGUACGCCAAAUUAGCUAUUCACCCGGAGGAUGGCAUCUGUAGUUCUUCUCCGAGCUACAGUUGCUUUAAAGACAUCACUACAUUGCACAUUGGUUUGUCUCACUUUGUAAAACGCUUUGGAAAUAAGUUGGGAGAAUUUUUUUAGAUGAUCUUUGUUUAUAGCCAGUGUCAGAAUGUUUUGCUUGUACAUGCUGCAUCAUGUUUUCGUAAUGUAUCAUGCUUUCACACCAAGAGCAAUUGGUUUGCAUUGCAGUUUUUGAAUCACGUGAAGCUUUUGUCCCUUCUGUGAAGGAGCAUUUUUUUGGGCACCAUACUGCCUUGUUUUAGUGUUUAAAAGAAAAUGUUUUCUUAUUUAAAAAGGUUAUAUUAGAAAAACUAUAACAUGAGGAUCUGAAGUAGAAACAUUUGUGAUCCUGUAUUUGUUUAGAACAGUAGGUUUUCUUGAAAGGCUCAGCAUGGAAUUCAUAACCAUUUCACUGAUUGAUUCAGAAUAUUUGAUUCACUACAAAUUCACUACAUUGCCCGUAAUUUGUACUUUGUGGCAUGGAUGAUAGUCCUUGCAAAUGCAUAA